UUAUUCCAAUUUCCAACCAUAAAUAUGACUUCUACACCUCAACCCUUUUCUCCUUUCUUACCAAAACACACACAAUAAAAUCAAUAAACCAUGUCCGGCGACUGGCUUCAAUUUUACCAUCAAAAUCUCUCUUCCACGGCGCCCCCACCACCUUCACAUCAUUCCACCUCCGAAAUGAUCUUCGCCGAUCGAGUUUCUGACGCCACCGCCUCCGCCAACACCCUUGGUUCCACUGGAUUGAACCCCGAAGGUCGCGUAGGAAAGCCGGUUCGCCGCCGCUCCAGGGCAUCUCGCCGGACUCCCACCACCUUGCUCAACACCGAUACAACUAAUUUCAGGGCGAUGGUUCAACAAUUCACUGGCGGUCCAACUCCACCUUUCACCUCAUCCAUUUCCCCCAAUUUCUCGUUAGGGUUCGGCGGGAUUCGUCAAUCCAAUUUCUCCACUUCCCAAAACGCCGCGAUUUCUCCGCCGCCGUCUGGUUACCUAUUACAGCAACCACCACAGUUGUACAAUCACAAUCCCCAACCGUUCGUGUUUCCGACAGCCGCACAUGGCGGCGAUUUUCUUCAGAGGCUAUCCGCGCCGAGGCCGGCUAAUGGCGGAGUUGCUGGAGACGGAUUUCUGAUCGAAAGUGCGGUUUCUUCUCAAAUUCCUCCGGCCGGAGCUUCUGCAGAUUCCUCCAACGAGAGCAAUGGCGGUAAUGGCCGCUUACUGUUCUGAUGACGGGGAAGGAACUACACUGCCGGCGUUGGCGCCCAUGCCGAUGACUGAACCGGAUAAUUUUUGGGUUCAAAUUAUGGGCACUCAUUGGCAAUGGUGAUUGUGAAGUUGGAGUGAAGAAGAAGACUAUACUUUUGUCUUUUUUUUUUUUUCCUUUUUCAAAUAUAUAUUUUAAAUUAUUUUUAGGUUUUUAUUUUAUUGGGUGAAAUAUUGAGAUAAAUGUUAGAAGAAAUAGGGUUUGGGUUUUG